CGAGGCGGGGCCGCCGCAGGCAGCGCGGGCAGCGCGGGAGCCCGGCGCGGCCCCGGCCCCGGCCCCGCCGCCGCCGCCCCAUGACGCCCAGCGGGCGCCCCGCGGGGCCCCGCCGCUCCCCCCAGGCCUGGACUGUGAACUUGGUUGCGAUGGAGACCGUGUCCCUGGAGCACCAGAUCCAGAGUGUGCAGCGGCACAUCUCUUUCCUGAAGAAGGAGCAGAUGGAGCUGCUCCAUGACCUGCACCUGGAGAUCCUCCGCUUGCAGAAGCACUGCUCAGAGCUCACCCAUGACCUGGAAAUAAAAGAGCUGGAAGCCCGCCAGCAAGAUGUGCUGGACCGCGAGCUGGAGGAGAAGUGCCGGGCGAUGGAGGCCCAGCUGCAGGAGAAGGAGAAGGACAACCUGGAGCUGCGCAAGGAGCUGCGGCACAAGGAGACGCUGGUGGCCGCGCUGCGGUCCAGCCUCCGCAACAAGGAGCGCCGGUUCCUGGAGGAGCUGAAGCGGCGGAGCCACCGGGUCACCAUCCUCGACACCGAGCUGCAGAAGCAGACGGAGGCGGCCGCCUACCUCUCCCUGCAGCUGCACGCCACGGCCCAGCGCCUGCCGGGCCCCCGCCCGGCCGCGCAGCCGCCCCCAGAGCCGCCCCCGCCCGAGGGCCGGCCCCGCCGCCGCGGGCACCGCCCGCCGCCGCCGCGCCGCCCGCGGGAGCCGCCGCCCGAGGAGCAGGACGCCAUGCCCGACCCGGCCCUCUUCCUCUACGCGGCGCGGCCGCCGCAGCGCCCGCCGCCCCCCGGCACGGCCGCCGCCCCCCGGGCCCAGAGGCCGCCCCGGCAGCCCGGCCCGGAGCCGGCGGGCAGGGCCAAGGCGGGCAAGGGCGAGCCCGGCAAGAGGCCGGGGCCCGGCCCCCGCGGGGCCCCCCGCGGCCGGGAGUAGGCGGCGAGGGGACGGUGCGGCCCGAGCGGGCGGGGAGGCCUGAGCCCGGCGGCACCGGGGGUGCCUGCCCUCGUUCCCCGGCGGGGAAGGGGCGGCGGGAGGCGGCUGCCCUGCCCGCGGGCAGCCCGCAGGAGCCCCCGCCCCAGGGGCCCGAGCCGGGGCGGCCGGCGGCAAGCCCGCAGCGGGCGGCGGAGGGGAACGGCUGAGCUGGAGCUCCCGAGGAAUGGGAAAGGGGAAGAGAGAGGGAGAGAGAAAAAUAAAAAGGAAAAGGAAGGAAGGAAUGAAGAAAGAAAGGAAAGAAAAAGGAAGAAAGAAAGGGAGAACAAAAAGAAAGGAAAGAAAAAGGAAAAGGAGAAAGAAUGAAAGAAGGAAAGAAAAAGGAAGAAAGGAAGAAAAAAGAAAAAAAGACGAGAAAAGAAGAAAGAAAAGAAAAGAGAAAAGAAAAAAGAAAAGAAAAGAAAAAAGAAGAGAGAAAAUCUGCAUUUCUGCCAUGAGAUCUUUCUGCUGUUGCUGCCCUUCGAGCGGACGCCGGGUGUGUUUUCCCGGCCGGGGGUGCCGGGAGGUGGGCGUGCAGCAGUGAGUGCCGGGCUGUGCGGUACACGGCUGGGCACUGCGGGAUGAUCUCUGCCGUGCCUCCAGCCCUGGGCAUCGCCGGCAGCAGGGCUGGGCUGGAGCGAGCCCCAGACAUCACCAGGAAGGUCCCCCGGGAUGGAGGCAGCUGAAUGACAGUCAGUCCCACAGGUGCAGGAGGGUUCCCCCUCCAUGGAGACAGCGCAGCCGUGCCAGCCAAGACCCCUCUCCCCUGUCCAGCGAUUCGGCUGCCUCUAACAUGGAUUUCUCCCUGUUACAUUUAGAUGCAGGACUUGGAUGAGCAGCUGGCCGUGAGCUGUGACCACCAGUGCCGGACACCUCGUGUGUUUCCUCGCCCCUGCAGCCUUGCUCCACGUGCCGCUGGAGCAGGGCUGUGACCUGCACCCCCCGUGCCAGGCAGGUCUGGUGUGGGCACCGGCAUCUCGGCUCUCAGCCCCAUCCACAGCCAGGUCUGGGUUUCCCACAGAACUGAGCAGCCACAUGAGGAAUGUGCUCCUGACCGUGCACCAUGGUACACGGAAACCUGCUGGGGCCACACCAGCCCCAGGUUCAGCUUCCAUGAGGAGCAGAGGCUGGAAAAGCCACUUCACCUGUGUUCCUUGCCACAUCCCCCAGGGUCAAAUCACUGCGGGGCCGUGCAGUCCUUCUCCACUGCCUCCCAGUCCCUCCCAGCACCGCCAGGCUCUCCAGUCCUCCUCCACCACUUCCCAGUCCAUCCCAGCACAGCAGCCUUCGCCCCGCCGGGGCAGCCUUGCCCAGUCUCCAAACCAAACCAUCAGCUUUAUACAUCCAUUCCCUGGGUGUUCUGAAACUGCAGAAACAGGGAGAGGCGAGGGCAACUCCGGCAGCCGGGCAGGGUGAAGGUCUCUGCAGGACCUGCAGGAUGGGCAGGGUUUUUGCCCCUGUGGUCUGGCUACCAGCCCUGGCCGGCCUGGCCACGCAGCUGUGCUGGGGCAGCGGUGCCAGCCAGGAGCCCUGGCCCCUGCCCGCAGCUGGCAUCCUGCCCGGCCCGUGGGCAGCAGCCUCCCGUGGGACCCCCAUUGCCUCCGCGGCUGGCACGGGCUGGGGGAAGCCGCGGGCUGUGAUCAGACCCUGUUUCCUUCCUUCCAAUUCAGUUUGAAACCUCUUCAAAAACAUCGCCCUCAUAGACCAGUCGGGCUUAGCCUGCCCGAGCUCAGCCACAGCGUGCCCAUGCAGUCAGAGGUGUCUAUUUUUGUAGUUCAAUAUUUAUAUACUAUAUUAAAAUGCUUUUACGAGAUUCUCGGCAACAGUCCCUAGGCCAGCUCUUUGGUAAAAACAAACCCCGAAGCGCACCGGCUGCACUAGCAGGACAGAAGUUAGCAGCUUUUGUAGCUUGUCUUUGGCUGUGAUGUGAAUAGCCAGGCUUUGGAGGGCAAGACCCCUCCUGCUCCCCCCAGGGUAGCCUCAAGGGGCUGGGACCCCCUCUCCAGCUCCUGCCACGGUCUCUAACGCACCCCUGAGUCUGGGGAGAAGCCCAGCACCAGUGUGCCUGGGCAAGAGCAGGGAGCAAGGGCCCAGGGAGCGGACACCCUGGCUGCAGCCCUGCAGAAGUGUGCAGCUCCUGGCGGCGAAGGCAAAGCCCCAAGGGGAAAUUUUGGCAGCCAGAGCUGCUGCCUCGGAAGCACAGAGCCCAGCAGAGCUCCCGCUGGCUCCUGUCUGCCCUCCCUGACUGUCAUCCCCCCUGCAGAAGGCCACAAAGAGCCCUGACAGGGUGCUCACGUACCCUGUUGCCUUCUUGAGGGGGUGCGGGGGCAGCAUGGGGGGCAUCGGUGAUGCCCAGCUGGAGGUGAGCACCUGGGUACAGUUGCACAAGGGAGAAAAGCCCUGAGCCCAGCUCUAGGUCAGGCGGCGGAGGGCUUCCUACGUCUUUCCCUUUGCAAGGCAAUUUAAGGCAGCCUGUGGGUGCUGGGGGCUCUGGGGGCCCCGCUGUCGCCCACCCCCGCGGAGGCAGAGCGGGGGGCGGCGAGAAGCAGUUCCUGCUGCGUUGCACAGGCAGCACCCGGGGUGCAGCAUCGCGGCCACCCCGUCCUGGUGGUGUCGCGCAAGUGAGGCGCUGUUUGGCCUCAGGUUCAGAGAGGUUCUGCUGAGGAUUCGUCUCUGUUCUCUUUUAACGCGAGAGAGGGUGAUACAUGUCCCUGCGCUGUUUGGCUGCCCCUGCAGCUGUGGUGUGCACAGCUGCUUUCCCCUCACCUUCCUAGACAAUCCUGAUAGACAGAAUAUGUUGCAUUUUUAUUAUAAAAUCCUUGAUAAGAUCAUGGUGUUCAUGACAGACCUGAGCAUUGAAGAGGGGAGGGAGAGGUAUGAUCCUUCUUCUGUGUAAAUACCUUCCUAGCAAUCAUCAUUUUUAGUGCCUAGUAUGUAAAUGAAGCAACCCUGUCUGAGCUGCAGGACCCUUUCCUCUUCACCGCUAAUUAGCAGCUUGCUCAAGGAGUCGAUCUCAUUUCCAGUUCCCCCGAUGGCUUCUCCCUCCUCCCGGUACUCCCUGGGGUCUGUGGGCAGCCGGGCAGGCCCCGAGCCCCGCGGCCCUCGGGCGUGCAGGCAGGGCUGCCUGCAGCGAGGGGGGGCCGGUUCCCAAGGAGGCGGAGAGGGAGGACCCCGAUUCCCCUGCUUCGUCCCACUGCAGUGUGCUUGGAAAUGAGCCGUUGGGGCGAGCCCUGCGCAUUUCCCUGGGCACCCUUGCCUCGGAGCAGGAAGGAUCAGCUCCUGCACGCUGUACCUGCGUCCGUCCCUGCUGCUUUUCUUGGGGGGGGGAGCUCUAGAGAUACUAUAUAUACACUGAUAUAUAUAUACACACACACACACACACAUAUACACGCACUUGUUUUAAAGGGAAAACACUGUAUGAUUGUAAUAGAAAUGAUGUUGAGAUAAAUUAUUUUAAUCUUUGUAUUUAUAUAAACUGAUCAAAUAGAUCAAAAUGAUCUGGGGGGGGGGAAAAAAGGGGGGGAACAAAAAGACAGCGAUCCUAUUUUCCAAUGAGUGGGCCGCUGUUAGCCCCAGUGAGCCCCAGGGAGCGGGAGCAGCCGGGGCAGUGCCUGCCCUCUGCUCCCUGGGCAGGGGGCUCCUACAGACCCCCCCAGGCUCGGGCUGCAAAUUAGCCCUUAGCCUGCGAGGUGUAACAGGGAUCUGCAGGUGCAUUUAGUCGGUGCUGCCGGACUCCGUGGGAGUCCAAAGGGCGCGCGGGGCUUGGACCUGUGCCGUGUACCUGGCGCACACGGACCGAGGAGCGUAACCGCUGACACCUACAUGCUUUGUGUGGAACAAGCGAUGUUUAAUGUUGACUCAUAAAGCUUAAUGAUUAGACUGGAAGUGGAUGCAUAGCAAUAACGCUCGGUUGUUAAACAAUGUCUUAUGUCUAUAAAUCACAACUGUGCUGUGAGCUUUCUGCGUGCAGACUAACAGCCGGGCACCUCUCCCCAGCACCCCCCCGUUCCUUCUGCAGCUCUGCAGAGGCUCGUGGAUUUGAUGUGUUGGGUUUGCUAAUCUCUCUUUUCCAUACUAUUAUUUUUCCUAAUGCUCUCUCAGAAAGCGACGACUCAAAAUUGUACAGGCCUGCAAGCAGCGGUGGGGAGGAGAUGCGCCUGCUCCCCCAGCUGCAGCUGCAGCCGUGGCGGGGCCGGUGGCACCGAGAGGCAGAGCUGGUGCUGGUGACUCGGGGCAGGCUCCCCUGGACGUCUUCAGCCCAGGGCAGACUGACCGGGAAGUUCUCCCUCUUCACCCUGUGAAUUAAAAAGCCAUAUAUUUCUGAAUGUGUUUGCUGGGGCUCAUCUAAGCGCUCCCAGCUGCAUCCUUCCCGUCCCCGCUGUGAGGGUGCCAUUGCGAGGGCCAGAACCGCGCAGCCGCUCCCCAAAACCCCCGCGGGGGGCUGCGUGACCCUCCCGCUGCGGCACAGCACCGCGCAGGGACCUGUCUGCAGCGGGGCACGGUCCUGCUGCCCGGGGGAAGGUUGGUCCGAGGCAGAGAUCAAGGCUUUCUAUAAACCACUGCAGCGAAGUGAGGGCAGGGCAGAGCCAGUGGGUGUUAUGCAGGGGCCGUGGAGGGGCUGGGGUGGUCUCUCCUGGAUGCCCAGGAAAGCUGCCAGCACCGCAGCAAGAAAUGCCCCACCUGAGGCAGCUGGAGACCCGGAGCCAGCAGUGGUCGGGGAUCACCCUGCUCCGCACAGAGCAUCCCUGCACACGUGUUCCCCAAAACAAGCUCCCAGGAGGCAGAGGAGUGGCAGCACCGCAGCGCCGCCCGCCUGGCUCUCCCCCCGAGGAAAGUAAAUCAGCAGCACGUUGAUGGACUUUGAUUUUUCAGGAGCUAGGUGAACGUUUCGGGUGCCUCGUGUGCAACAUUGUGUGCUGGCUCCUGCUCCCCUGGUGAAGCCGUGGCAUCCUGCCCUUCUCCAGGAACACCAGCCCCGAUGAGCCGGUCUCGCUGUAGUGACGCCACAGCCGCCUCGGUGCACGUCUGUUCUUGUCACCCUCUUGCACUGUCGGUGCCUGGCUGCCAAGUCCUACAGGGAAGGCGAAGGAGGGGAGAGAAAACUCCCUCCCGUCCGUCGUUUGCCUCAUGUUGUGGAUAAGAUCAGCGAUGCUGGUGUGCCGGGGCUGGGUGAGCAGGAGAAACCUGGGAUCAAUGAGCACCGCAGCCGCGGAGGAUCCCGCCAGACAACGCGGCCCGUCAAAGCAUGAGGAUAAAAGUGACACAUGUCCUCGCUGGUUACAAGCUGCCCUUUGCUCGCCAAGGCCGGGUUUUUGCCUGUCUGCUCGGCUAGCGCUGCCGGCACCGGCCCUGAGUGAUGCUGCCAUCCCUGCUCCCUGCUGCAGCCAUGCAGCCAGGGGCUGCGGGCAGGGGGAGAGGGAGCGUGACACUUGGUACCGCCACCACAUCGGAUCCCUUCAUUUAACCCCCCCUCCCCCCACGCCUCCGGGCAGGACCGGGGUCGCGAAGCUGCCAGUGUGAGAUGUGCGCCCAACGCUAGCCCAAGCGGCCCCUGGUCCUCCUCGGGGUGUGGUGAUGCCUCCUGCCUCUUCCCGAUAGAUCUCACUGAUCUUGUGGCUUCCGAAAAAGAUCCCCUUUCCUGUCACUGGGAUUAUAGCAGGAAGGAGACUAUUAGGCCAUGGGAAUCCCUCAAAUCUUUGUAUGUCUGAAAAACCAGACCCUUUCUCCGCCCAGGGACUGGGUAAGGUGCUGAGCCCUGGCCCUGCAGGGACAAGCACUGUCCGUAUUCGCUUGGGUGUUCCAAGGUCACACAGAAGGUCGCUGCCAUCCCAGUCCUUACCAAGGCUACAACAAGGUUCCCCAGGUGGGGACAUUGCCUCUGCCCGGCUGGAGCCACGCUCGGGACCCCAGGAAGGCUCUGGCAGAGGGAAGGGGAGGGAACCACCCCUGGGUACGGCUCCUCCGGCCCCAGAGCAGCUGCGGUUUUGUGGGAGCAAAAAUAUUCUCCUUGGCUGAGCUUGUGAAGCUCAGCUGAGAACAAUAAAAGCCUGUGCCUCGUGCUGGGGAGAGCCAUUGCGGUGGGACAGAUGCCAAAGGUUUGACACUGCUCUGCUUUAUUUGAAUGUUCUUUGACAACAUGACACCAUUAUUCGCCAGGACGAUGUUAACGUCGACUUCGCUUUUUAACCAAGUGCUUUUCAAAACGCGUUAAUACCCAGAGUAUGGAGCUGUACUUUAGGAGUCAUUGUAAUAUGCCUUUUUCUUAAUAAAGAGAUUGAAAUCUGCA